AAGAUGGCAGCAGCUACCAAGGAACCGUCGUCGGCCUCGGCCGGGAAGAGGAAGCGUCAAGAGAAUGGAGACAAGAGCAAGAAACGGAGGAAAUCCGGCGGCGACGAGGGUGUCGAUCUCAAGGCCCAACUCAAACAGCUCGAAGCCGAGAUCCUCGAGUCCAGAAAACACUACAACAACAUCGCUACUCUCCUCGAACUUGCGCAAAAGAACGACGAGGAUCGCCCCACCGCCAUCGCCGCCUCAGAGACACUAUGCCGCGUCCUCGUGCGGUUACUUGCCAUGGGCUGCUUGGUGGAGAGAAAGGAAGCGUCAGAGAAGGAUGCGACAGUCACAAAAUGGCUUCGGGAGCGCCUAGCAGACUUUAGAGAAGUCUUGUUACGCAUGUUCAACAAUGAGAAGUUGGCACUCCCAGCUUUGUUGUUGGCCAUGUCUCUCCUCAAAGUCGAAGCUCAGCACCUUGACGGCCGGGACCAACCCGCCUUCCCACGAUACUUCUUCACCCAAGUGAUAUACUUCAUCAUCCAGUCACCAGUCGAGCAACUACGGGAAGAGUUUACCGAGAAGUUCAUCGACGAGUUUAACGACAUUAGAUUCUACACCUUCGCAGCCAUCAGUAAAUUCCUUAGAGACCCCUCCGCCGACCUCGACGAAACAAUCCGCGCCAUAAUCUUCAACCUCCUCCUCAACAUCGAUGAUGUCCCCUCCUCCAACAAAGAUCUCGACACCUUCUACAUCGAACCCCCAACCACCAAGAAAAGGCACCCCGUCCGCUCCCUCUCCCAACACAAAAGUCAAGCCCAAGACGCCUGGCUAGCCCUGAUGCAACUCGGUCUGAGCAAAGACCAGCGCAAGAAGAUCCUCAGCGUCAUGUCCAACUCUAUCGCGCCCUGGUUCACCAAUCCAGAACUCCUGAUGGAUUUCCUAACAGACUGCUACAACGCCGGCGGGUCCAUCUCUCUACUGGCCCUCUCUGGUGUCUUUUACCUCAUCCAGGAACGAAACCUCGACUACCCAGAGUUUUACACCAAGCUCUACUCCCUGCUAGACGCAGACAUGCUCCACUCCAAGCACCGCUCCCGCUUUUUGCGGUUGCUUGAUACCUUCCUCGGCUCAUCACAUUUGCCAGCGGUAAUGGUGGCGAGUUUUAUCAAGAAGCUGGCCAGGUUGGCACUCAACGCGCCCCCGAGUGCGAUUGUGGCUAUUGUGCCUUGGUUUUACAACUUGUUCAAGAAGCACCCCCUGACAACAUUCAUGAUGCACAGGGUGCCGAGGACGGAGGAGGAGAAGCAGAAGAUUGAGGAGGGAGGGGUGGAGGAUGUGUUUUUGGCUUGGGAGAGGGAUCCGAUGGAGACGAGGGCGAUUGAGAGUUGUCUUUGGGAGGUGGUGCAGCUGCAGGGGCAUUGGCAUCCGAAUGUGGCGACGAUUGCGAAGAUUAUCAGUGAGCAGUUUACCAAGCAGGCGUACAAUAUGGAGGACUUUUUGGAUCAUAGUUAUGGGAGUGUAAGUGUCUUUUUCUUGAUUUGGGGGUGGUUGUGGGAAAAUGGGGUAAAGAUGCUAACAUAUUUGGGUAACAGUUGUUCGAGGCGGAGAUGGGCAAGGAGAUCAAGAAGCCGCCGGUGGUGGAGUUUAUGA